UAGCCAAGGAUAAAAAGGCAAAAAGAUAUUAUUAAAAUACAAAAAAUAAAAAUAGCUGGCCAGUCUAUGCUUUUUUUUAUUAACAUUUGUCAUGAACAGUUGAAGAAGACACUAAUGACUAUUGCCAGUCAAUAUUGAAUUAAGUUCCACAUCCUGACAUAUUAUGGCCAUUUAACACUGGAUGUUUUGCUUAAGUCAAUAUACUGACUGCCACGAAGCUCUAAGCAGCAUUUGGAUAGAAAUAAGGGACGUGGCUUUGAACUUGAACAGUUCCUCUUUUUCAGAUUCAGUUGGUUUGUUCCUUUCCUUUUUCAGAGUAGAACUAUCAAAAAAGGGUCUUGUUGUACAAAUUGCUAGACUGAACUUAUUUUCCUACAUUUCAUUUUCUUAUGAAGUUAUUUUCUUUCUCAAAUCGGACACAUCCUGGAGUUUUAAUUUCAAAGCCAUCUUAAUUAUUCUUACAAAGGAGGACUUGAAACAAUCAGGAUCAUUGUAUUGUUCAACAAGGGUAAGAAGGAUAAGACGGCCUCUCUGCUUUGAACCAGAAUGAAUCCGGUGGAAAAAUGGGUUUUGCAGAACAAGGACAGUAUCGAGAAAGGAGUGGAAAUCAUUGGGCAAGGCUGCGAGAUUUUAGCGGCCACUGUGGGACAGUUCCACCCCAUCCUGGAGGCCGUGUUUUUGGCCUCAGCCGAGAUCCUCGGCAACCCAGGUGGAACAGAAGCCAAGUUCCUCGCUGAGCAGUUUGAAAAGAUCAACCAGAAACUCGAAGGUAUUCAAGAUGAAAUCGACCAAAUCGCUUUGGAGAUGCAGCGGGCAUCCAUGAACAUGUUGAACUUUGACUAUGAGGCAAAUAUAUUCACUCAGUAUGAGAAGUUUCAAGACUUUGUCAGUGCUAAGCCUAAGUUCAAGGAGUGGAAUAAGGAGGAGUUUAUAAGCCAGUAUGAGAACACCAAAAGGGAUCUGAACAUUGAUGCCUUGUACAAUGCUGUAACUGGAGAGAAUUUUGCUGGAGAUGGCAUAUUGGACACGGUUGUGACCACAGAGAAAAGGAGUAGAAAGUCAGUGGAGGAGUUCUGCGCCAGGCUAAAGAAGAUAUUUGUCAUGGGCAUCAUAGCAGUCAUAGGUUACACCGCCCUGAAAGAGGGAGCGGCAGCUGAGAACAUAGUGAAGACAUGGCAGAAUCAAAUGGAAGAAGUAGAGAAACGCAUGAAAGCGGCGGUGGAUGACUGCAUCAAGAAUUUCCCCUUGCAGGCCAAAACAGAUGUGGAGCAACUUCUAAAGGGACCAGUCAGCGUUAACCCAGAGUUUGCAGGAUCUAUACUGGAUAUCCUUGAGAAGAAAUAUUACUGGGUUUCAUGGUCAGUUCAAGUGGUAAACCACAGUGGCGGCUUUUUCUUGUGGAACUGGCUCGCUGGCAAAAAGUACCAUGGAAGCGGUGGAGGUGGCAACUUUUUUGAUCUUCUGGCCGCAAAUAGCGUCAGAAUUGUGGUAUCUUUCAGUGCAGACCCGAAACCCAUCAACAAGAGCCAGCUGCUAGAUCAGAUAGAGGCACAGAAGCUGAAGGGAAACAUGGAGUUUGUGGCUCAGAUGCUGGGGAAGACUUUUCCCAACACUGUGGUCCAUGCCAUUAGCACUUAUAAGAAAGUAGAAGAGAAAAACAACUUCCAACCAGAAUGUUUCUACUUUGGGAUACACAAUAAUGCAUACAUGUGCAUUCAUUCUGAAUAGAUGUGUGAAGCGUUGAAAUGGCAAUCAGUCUUCUAUAUAUUUUUGGUUUUAAAAAUUGUAUCAAAUAGUCCAGCAUUAAAAAUAAAGCAACUGGAUGUCUGGAUUGUUAUUAUGCACCUACAAUGACAAAGUAUGUAAUUGCUGGUUCUUCACUUUAUUUUUGCAUGUCAAGGCAUAAAAGAAAUAUAUAAAGAUAAAUAUUUGUCUUUGACCAAACAUAAAUGCUUACAUUUUGAAUAGAAAUUGUAUUGUUUUGUAGUUAUGAAGACUUUUGAAAGACCAGUUGAGUGGCGAAAACUUCAGUGAUCGACGGAAAAGAUUCGACAAUGCUUAGAAACAGAUACUUUAGGUUUUACUCAAGGCUUCUACUGGAAAAAUUGUAUGUUCAAAUAAAAUAAUGAACAUUCAAGUGUAAGAAUUGAAAAUAUCUAAAGAUAUUUUAAAAUGAACAAAGACAUAGCACAAAGGUGCUGAUAGUGAUCAAACCCUGUAGGCAAAGAUUUGUGUACAUCGGGGGUCUACAAAUGGUCACACCUUUGGUACAGUUUUAAUUGUACCAAUCAAUUUGAUUGGUCAGUUUGAAUGUCUCACAUUUGAGUUUUGGUCACAUGGUCAGGGAAGGGAUAAAAGAAGAUUGUAACUGUUGCUCUGGUCUCUUUUUAUACUCUGGUCUUCUUUCUUGGAUUCUUGGCUCUUGGGCACUCUCUUGCCCUCUCUCUCUCUCUCUCUCUAUUGCUCUCUUUCUCUCUCUCAGGUAACUUUUUACAUACAUGCUGUGUACAAUUAAUGGUAUAUGAUUUUAUCAUCUCAUACAUCUAUUUUGCAAUUAUUUUAAGUGUAACUAUAAUCAGAUAUUGUCAUUAAACCCUUUCAAUUACAAAUGAUGUGCUAACUAGUUUUGAUUUAGUAUUAACAUUAAUGUGCUCCCUAUUGCAAUACAAUAUUGUCACACUAUAGCAACGCUCUCCCACAUAUUUUGCUAUUGUAACUGUGCUUAUUUCCGUCGUUGGUAUAAGUUGCAGUGGGUGGUAAUAGACAAGAAAUGUACAGUAUUCUAACAUCUUACUGAUAAAGUUUCUUUAGUCGCUUGGCAAACCUUACAGUCUGAACCGCUGUGGGAGUUCCACCCUUACACAAGUAAUCUAUAUAUUCUCUGUAAUCCAGGAAUCAUGUCCAUUUCAUGUUUAUGAUGGUAUGUAAUCACAAAUAAAACAACUAUGAUUAUGA